AUGGAAAACAAUGAAAGCAUUGCAGAUUACUUCAACAAGAUCACAAACAUCACAAAUCAAAUGAGGAGUUGUGGUGAUACUUGUGACAAUCAAACCAUUGUUGGUAAGGUUAUGAGAACUUUAUCUCCUAAGUUUGAUUAUAUCACUGUUGCAAUUAUGGAAACCAAAGAUUUGUCAACAUUGACAUUGGAUGAAUUACAAUGUACAUUGGAAUCUCAUGAACAAAGAAUCAUGGAAAGAGAAAAAGAUAGGGCCACUGAUCAAGCAUUGCAAGCACAUGCAGUAAAGAAAGGCAAUGGCAAAUGGAAGGGGAAAGAUAAGUCCAAGAAGUAUAAUAAUUCACAAGAUAACUCAAAGAAAAACAAUGAUCAAGCUGAAUCUUCAUCCCAAGGCACUGCAUCAAAUCAAGAUAAGAAAGGGAAGUUCAAUUUGAAGAAUUGCAAAGGCAAAAAGGUACCAAGAUACUUCAACAAGCAAGAUUUUGAUGCUCACAUGGUGCAAGAAGACAGUGAAUCAGAAAUUGAGCCCAAGUUGCUAAUGGCAACAAACACUGAUGAAGAAAAUCACGAUGAUGGGUGGUAUCUUGACAUAGACUGUAGCAACCACAUGACUAGUCACAGAGAAUGGCUGGUGAAUUUCAAUGAUUCAUCAAAAACAAAGAUCAGAUUUGCAGACAAUAAAACUAUACCAGCAAAAGGUGUAGGAGAUGUGUUAAUCAAAGGCAAGAAAGGGAAUCAAGCACUCCUAACAGGUGUUCUUUAUGUGGCAGCAAUGAAGACCAACUUACUAAGCAUGGGUUAA